AUGGCCUCUGCUCUGCUGCCUGCCGUUGACAUCGCUACCUACACCACUCAAACCUCCGGCCUGCGCCCUCAAGGCCUCUCCUACAUUGGCAGCGUCUUCACCAAACUCGACGCGCAGUCAAUCGAUGAUGCCUUCCUUUACCUCCAGCAGACCACCGGUCUCUUCGCCACAUGCUUCGAUGUCUCUGCCCUCCCUUCGAUUGACGGUAUCGUCUCCCUCCUCGACUCGGGCGCCUCAAAGGUCUUCGUGAAUCGCCAGCAAUUGGAUCAAUUGAGCGACGUGAAGAACAUAGACGCUGAUCGCAUCGUCCUCUGCAUCUCCGGCCAGACGAAAGAGGACAUCAUUGAAUCUAUCGCCGGCACGUCUGUCGGAAUCUAUACCCAGGAUGUUCAAGACGUAGACCUGGUGGAGUCAUGGCUGAAGGAGUACGGCGCAGAGAGACCGGAGGUUUACGUGUCUUUCGCAAGCCCUACGGCGGAUUCGGCGCUCCGGAUAUCGAGGCUCUCCGCUGUGCCUGUCGUGCCUGCGACUCUCCUGACGAUCGAUUCCAAGUCCCAGCCGCAACUCAUAAACGCGGCGAGGCUCCUAGUCGCCAAUGCGACCAGCGACCGCCCUGAUGGCCUCUUCACAACCCUAGUCACGGAUGAACGGGGUGUCGCUCUGGGCCUUGUAUACAGUAGCGAGGAAAGUGUGUCGGAGAGCUUGCGCACUGGGCGAGGGGUUUACCAGAGCCGGAAGAGGGGUUUAUGGUACAAGGGCGAGAGCAGCGGAGACAUCCAAGAGCUAGUCAGGAUAUCACUAGACUGCGAUCAUGACUGCCUGCGCUUCGUUGUGCGGCAAAAGGGUAGAGGGUUCUGCCAUCUGGCCACGGCGACGUGUUUCGGACAGUAUCAAGGCCUUUCUCGCCUACAAAAAACCCUGCAGAACCGCAAAGCUUCCGCACCCGAGGGAUCCUAUACAGCGCGAUUGUUCAACGAUCCACAGAUGCUGAAGGCAAAGAUUAUGGAGGAAGCGAACGAGCUCUGUGAAGCCAAGACCAAGGAGGACGUCGCAUUUGAGGCAGCCGACCUGUUCUACUUCGCUAUGACAAAGUGUAUAGCCGCUGGUGUCACGCUAGAAGACGUGGAGCGGAACCUCGACGCGAAGAGCGUCAAAGUCAAGCGGAGAAAAGGCGAUGCGAAAGGGCCUUACGCUGCCAAGUUCGGCGUCGCCAGCGGGACCAACGGCACGGCACAGACCAAUGGGACGACUGAGAUGGUCAAGGAAGCCGCGUCAGUACCUAAGAGCAAGGAAGACAGCGCAGGCGUUAAGGAUGGGAGGAUCCGAAUGAGGCGUUACAUCACAGCAGAAGAGGCGCCCGAGACUGUUCAGGAAGCCCUAAAGCGACCAUCACAGCGCUCGACCGACAAGAUCAUGGGUAUAGUGAAGCCCAUCAUUAGCGCCAUCCAGGAGCGAGGCGACGCUGCAGUACUAGAGUACACACACAAGUUCGAAAAAGCGACUUCCCUGACCUCUCCUGUUCUGAAGGCGCCGUUUCCACAUUCGAUGAUGCAACUACCGCCAGAGACCAUCGAGGCGAUCGAUAUCUCCUUCGAGAACAUCCGCCGCUUCCACGCCGCGCAAAAAGAGGAGAAAGCCCUGGUCGUCGAGACAAUGCCCGGCGUCGUCUGCUCUCGCUUCUCCAGGCCUAUCGAGCGAGUAGGUCUAUACGUACCUGGAGGCACAGCCGUCCUUCCCUCAACAGCACUCAUGCUCGGCGUGCCGGCCAUGGUAGCAGGAUGCAAGAAAAUCGUCAUGGCGACACCGCCCCGAUCAGAUGGCUCGAUAACGCCAGAGGUGGUCUAUGUAGCGCACAAGGUAGGCGCCGAGAGUAUCGUGCUGGCUGGCGGUGCGCAAGCUGUAGCGGCAAUGGCGUACGGGACCGAGAGCGUCAGCAAGGUCGACAAGAUUCUGGGCCCAGGGAACCAGUUCGUGACGGCGGCGAAGAUGCUCGUCUCGAACGAUACCACCGCAGGCGUCAGCAUCGACAUGCCGGCCGGACCCAGCGAAGUUCUGGUCGUGGCGGACGCGACGGCGAACCCUGCUUUCGUGGCUUCGGAUCUGCUCAGUCAGGCUGAACAUGGUGUUGACUCCCAGGUCAUCCUCAUCGCUGUCGACCUCACUAUGGAGCAGUUGCAGGCAAUCGAGGACGAGCUUCACGCACAGGCGAGCGCGCUGCCACGCGUGGACAUCGUCCGAGGCGCCAUUGAGCAUUCCGUGACUCUCGUGACCGAGGACAUUAGCGAGGCCAUGCGCCUCAGCAACCUCUACGCGCCGGAACACCUCAUCCUCCAAGUCCGCGACGCGUCGAGCGUAGUGUCGCUAGUCGAGAACGCCGGUAGUGUCUUCGUCGGGCCAUGGACGCCCGAGAGCGUAGGCGACUACUCUGCGGGCGUCAAUCACUCACUGCCCACGUACGGCUACGCGAAGCAGUACUCGGGCGUCAACCUCGCGUCGUAUGUGAAGCACAUCACGAGUUCGAACUUGACGGCGGAGGGCCUGAGGAAUGUGGGCGGCGCGGUGAUGCAGCUGGCGAAGGUGGAGGAGCUGGAGGCUCAUCGGAGGGCUGUAAGUAUACGGCUUGCGCACAUGGAUAGGAUGGGUGCUUAA